AUGAAGUGGCUAAUCGUGUUGCUUCUGGUGUCCGCGGCGUUUGCGGCAGGAGAGAAGAAACUCGACAAGCGGCCCGCCAAGAAGGCACACUCACAGAAGCCGACCAAGGCACCCAAGACGAUCCUGGAGGAGUUUACGGCACUGCCGCCGGCCGAUGUUGACUUCAUCAAGGAGCUGGACCGCCAGUUUGCCGAGCACGGCAACAAGAUCCGCAUCAAGGUGGAGCGCAGUAACGCGACGGACGGCAAGCACAUCAAGCGCACGAUUGAGGGUGAUCUGGGUUACGGUCACUACAGCAAUCAGGCCGAGGAGGGGUAUCAUUUUUCCAAGCCGAAAUACAUGAUCUACCCCUACUCACAGCACGAACUACAGCCGGCCCGGUCGACGCACAGCACCGCGGAGACGGUCACCGACAUCGAAAUCACGCCAUCGCACAGCUACGAGCUGAAACCGAUCGAGGAGGUCUACCAGAUCUACCCGACGCAGCAGUACGAGCAGCACCACCAGCAGCAUUACUACCACCAGCAGGGGCAGCAUCAGGCGAAGCAGCUCUACCAGCAGGAGGACGCUCCGGUGAUUGUGCUCAAAAUUCCGGGCCCUUCCAAGUACGCAGCCCAUCUGCAGGCCCUGCUGCAACAGUAUCUGGAAAUUCGUGCCGCCCAGCUCUACCGGGAACUGGAGGAGCAUGAGUAUCAGCAACAGCACCAACUGCAGCAACAACAUCAACAGCAGCAGCAGCAUCCUCAGCAGCAUCAUCACUAUGUGCAGGAAGAGCAUCACCAGCCGCAGGAGCAGCAUCAGCAUAAGCAUCACCCCGGCACGAAGUACAGUCAACCGGACCCGGUCUACCCGACGGAGAUCGCGUACGUGCCAAUGAUCCGCACCAGCCACAACACGUUCGUGCCGCUGGUGGAUCAGUACUACGACGGCACACCGAAGGUUCCGGAUCGGCCAACGAAGCACCCGAACUAUCGCAAGACCACGGUCACACCGACGCACAUCGCCUACCACAGUACGGCGCAACCGGAACCGGCUUACCACUAUCAGACGUACCACGGUGAGCAGCAUCCCCAUCAGCAGGAGCCUUCGGGGCACCCACACACCGGUCAUGCCGUCACGCAGAUUCAGUACCAGUACGUGGCCCAGCAAGCGGCCAGUGGACCGGAGGAGGACCACGAAACGCAGUACGUCUACGAGAAGCCGGCGAUCAACUUCGUGACGCCCGUGCCGGAUGCCCAUCAGUCGCAUCCUGAUCCGUACCACGAGCAGCACCAGCCUCAGCAACCGCCCCGGAAAUACCCCAACUUCUCCCAGUACCACCACCACCAUCGGCCCCAGCCGCAACAGGAGGAAGAAUACCUCCCGGAGCCGAAGCUCGUCGAGAACUAUCCCAGCCACAAGCAUACCCGCGUCGUGUACAAGAGUCCCUCGCUGAAGGCGGAACUCCAGCAGGAGGCCGCCAUGGAGCAUCAGGCGGAACACGAACACUAUCACCACCAGCACCAGCACGAGCACCAGCAGCAACAGGAAGCAGCGCAUUAUGAGUACCACCAGCCACAGCACCAGCAGCAACAAUACAUCCUGCAGGAGAUCUACCCUUCGCAGGCUUCGUACUUCGAGGACAAAUCGUUCGUCGAGUCCGCUGGACCGCAGGUGACGACAGAGGCCGCAGAGACGGCCUCACCGCACUACAACACCGAGCCGGUGGUCACGAUCACGCAGCGUCCCAAACAGCGCUACAAUUAUCACGCACACAGCGCUGCUGGACACCAUGGCGGCGGCAGCGGCGGUGGACGUGGCUCCAGGAUGGCGUCCAUCACCGAAAGCCGCGGUUCCCGGACGGGGUCCAGCAAACGCGGCGAUGCGGCACCAACGGGCUCCGGACGUCCAUACACCGAGGAGCAGUUCCGCAAGGUGAACAAGAUGGUCCAGCGCAUGAAGAAGAAGAGCCGCACGACGGUGGACCCGGCCGACAUGGCGAUGACGAUGGUUACCGGCUCGUUGACCACUGGCCCCACCAGCAGCCCGAGUCCUGCCAGCGCGGCGUAGAGUAAUGUUAGGAGUGAAGUGCGUCUAGUGAAUGCCUCGUUUGGGAAGGCGCUUUUCGUUUCCGUAGGUCGGACCGCAUCGGCCGCCUUCAGGUGCUUCAGGGCCGUCUUCCUGCUGCUGCUGCUGCUGCUGCUGUAUUUACACUUAAAUUAUUAGUCAUACCUAGGAUGCCGAGGUAAGGAAGAGGUAGUCGAAAGAAAGGGGCCAUUUAGUUCAGUUCUGCCUGCAAAUGCUGAGCUAGUACCCGUCAACCAGAGUGGGUCAGACCGAGGAACUGUUUCCGCCGAAAGAUUGGCGAGCAAUCCAUAGUGACGGCGGCAGCGC